CAGCAUCUCUCAGGGAUCCUCCCUCCCUGCCUCCUUUCCUCCCCGCCUUCCUCUCUUGCAGACGGCGUCGGUGUUGAAGAUGGCGAGGCUGCUGCACAACUUGCUGCUGCUCCUCGUCAGACUCGCCCUGCACGUCCGACUUUGCGCCUACUGGUCGCUGGUCUGCGCCUAUUGUGCGCUUUGCGCCGCCGUGGCGCUGCUGAAACUUUGCUGGAGCGCCAUCUUGCGGCCGACGGCCACCUUCCAGUGGACGCUGCGCGAAACUCCACCGGCUUGUCUGCACGACACGUCCUUGGGCACGCACUGCUAUGUGCGCAUCAAGGAGUCUGGCCUCAGGUUUCACUACGUGGCGGCAGGCGAGAGGGGGAAGCCUCUCAUGCUCUUCCUGCACGGCUUCCCUGAGUUCUGGUUCUCAUGGCGCUACCAGCUGCGGGAGUUCAAGAGCGAGUUCCGCGUGGUGGCCAUCGACAUGCGAGGCUACGGCGAGUCGGACCUGCCGCUGGGUGUGGAGAGCUACCGCCCGGAUCACCUGGUCACCGACAUCAAGGACAUCGUGGAGCACCUCGGCUACCACCGGUGCUUCCUGGUGGGUCACGACUGGGGCGGGAUUGUCGCCUGGUUGUUUGCAAUCAACUAUCCCGAGAUGGUGACCAAGCUCAUCGUCUUAAACUGUCCCCACCCGUCCGUGUACGCAGAUUACGCCGUGCGUCAUCCCAGCCAGAUGCUGAAGUGCAGCCACUUCUUCUUCUUCCAGCUGCCUCGCCUACCUGAGCUCAUGCUAUCCAUCAACGACUUUAAGGCGCUGAAGGCCCUCUUCACCAGCCGGAGCACCGGAAUGGCCCGGAAAGGAAGAUGGCUGACGGCGGAGGAGCUGGAAGCGUACCUGUAUGCUCUCUCACAGCCGGGGGCUUUAACCGGAGCGCUCAACUACUACAGGAAUGUUUUCAGCUCUCUCCCGCUCCGGCAGCAGCACGUCAGGUCUCCGGUGCUGCUGCUGUGGGGCGAGCGCGAUGCCUUCCUGGAGCAGGAAAUGGCCGAGGCAUGUCGCCUGUACAUCAGGAACCACUUCCGCCUCAACGUCAUUUCCGGGGCGAGUCACUGGCUGCAGCAGGACCAGCCCCAAAUCGUCAACACGCUCAUGUGGACCUUCCUCAAGGAGGGCGAGGGCCGCAAAGGUCACAGGAACUAAUGCACCUCCCCUCCCUCUCUCUCUCGUCUGCAAGAUGGCUGCGUUGCCUAGUAACAGAGUGAUGAUGCAAUCAGUCGGCGGGAUUAAAGCACACUUCAGCCGGGGGACCCCAGCUGAGCAGGACACUCGGCGAAGACUUUAGUUUUGAGUGUUUUUGAUUUUUGCACUUUCAGCAUCACACUUGUGACUCGUUUUUGUGUGGUGCUGUGUCACUUCUCACUUCCUGUAGGCAGGAGGCGGCGUCACCCGCUCUCAGUCCCACAAGGUCCUUCAAGCAGGUGUUGUUGUACAUUUUCUUUGCUCCAAAUGUAGAGAAAGUUGAUUUUCCAUGUGAUGAUCACUGUCCUCUUUUGAAUCUCUUCCUGCUCUCCUCACUGCACACCUGGAAGUUGACUGAGCCACUAUUUGAUUUUAUAAAUAAACACACUUGCUGUCA